AGGCCUGAAAUCCAGUCUCUCUUCUAGAAAGAAGAGAAGCAGAAAACAGCCUGUGAAAUGAGUGCAUAUGAGGAGAGAGAGCAGGAGGCUCCUGUUGACGCAUCUCCAGGAUUCAGCUGUGUGUCUAUGGAGAGUAACAACUUAAUGUGUCUGCCCCCUGAUCUCAGUGAUGGACCUGCUUUGACCUUUGACCCUGUUACCAUCAGCAGGAAGAGAAAGAGAGCAGCUUCUCCACUGCAGCCCCCUGAUCUCAGUGAUAAAGCAGUGCUCUUUGAUACUGUUGGUGGGAGAGCUGACCAGAUCAGAUAUGUGUCCUGUCAGACCUUCACAUCCUCCUACUGUCAGAACCACUUCAGUCAUCAUGACACAGAAGCAGCUCAGCAGCAUGAUUCUCAUCAACCAGUGCAUGAUGAUCUGCAGAGAGUCAAAGAUCAGCACAAGACCAGCAUGAAGAACAAGUAUGAGAGCUUAUUUGAGGGAGUCAAACUACAAGAGAAUCAGACCCUCCUGAACCAGAUUUACACACAGCUGUACAUCAUAGAGGGAGAGAGUGAAGGAGUGAAUGAAGAACAUGAGGUGCUGCAGAUGGAGAAAAGUUACAGGACACUCCAAGACACUCCAAUCAACUGCAAUGACAUCUUUAAUCCUUCACCUGAACCAGGAUAUGAGAAGAAAGACAAAAUAAAGAUGGUUCUUACUAAAGGCAUCGCUGGAAUUGGAAAAACCGUCUCUGUGCAGAAGUUCAUUCUGGACUGGGCCGAGGGAAAAGCCAAUCAGGAUGUAGAUUUCAUGUUUGUGUUUCCAUUUCGAGAGCUGAACUUGAUUAAAGAUCAUUAUUACAGUCUUCACAGCUGCUGA